AAGAGAGAAGGAUUCUAUUUUACUGUAUUGGCCUCCAUGUCUUUUGUUCAUCGUGCGCAUCAUCUCCUCCACUCCCAACACAGCCAGUUGCAUGAACUUUUUUGUCUCAGCACCCGUCUGUCUUGAAAAUGUCCGGUCCGGAUCUUUCUUGAGCCUAUUUAAAAGAUUUUUUUUUCUGUUAUUUAAGCUCGUUUGCUAUUGAACAUGAGAGGUGGAUCAAGAGGAUCAAAAGCUGCUGGGGGUGGUAGUUAUUACCGCAUGUCACGCCUAAACGAAAACAAGAUCUCUAAUUGUCUUGAUCUAUACAAAUCGGAAGGUUUGACCGAUAUGUCACCUUUGGUUUUGAUUGAAUACUGCCUUAAAGUGGAUGCUUCGCUUCGAAGACAAAAGAAGCGUUUGAUUGAAUCUGCUCUCGAGAAUGUACUUGCUGAGAGAGAACAAGGCACACAGUCAGAAACCAAUGAAGUUUCGGAAUCAGUUUCAGGCGAUGAAGAAGCAACAGCCGAAUAUGCUUUGGUACGUGAAAAAAAUGCAUGGAUAUCAGAGUAUUUGCCUCCAGGAUCUUUAAGCACUAAUACUAUUACAAAGCCUGUACAAGAGGAUAAUGCCAUGAAUAAGUCUGUCACUAGUUUGUGGAACAUGCAUACCAAGAGCCCAACAGUGAGUGCUGCACCUUCCGAAAUAACAACACCUGUUCAAGAAGAAGCACCCGAAGAACCAGUUAAUGAGACAACCAAAUCAAAAAAGAGAUCCAAGCCUGUUUCCAAGGAGACAGUAUCUAAACGCCCCAAGACAUCUAAUGAAGGCAGAGAAGCACCUUUUAUUCCUACAGCCAAAUUAUCUGAUCUCGGUGGGAUUGAUCACUGUAUUGAAGAAAUUAUGGAAUUGAUUGCUAUGCCUUUAGCACAUCCUGAAGUCUAUCUUCAUACGGGUGUUCAACCACCUCGAGGUGUCUUGUUGCAUGGUCCUCCUGGCUGUGGUAAGACAAGAUUAGCGCAUGCUAUUGCAGGUGAAUUAGGCAUUCCUUUCUUUAAUAUUUCUGCUCCUUCUAUUGUGUCCGGUAUGUCUGGUGAAUCAGAGAAAAAGAUUCGUGAAGUAUUUGAAGAAGCAAGAGACAAUGCACCUUGUCUGUUGUUUAUUGAUGAAAUUGAUGCCAUUACACCUAAAAGAGAAACAGCCCAAAGAGAAAUGGAGCGUAGAAUUGUAGCACAACUCUUGACCUGUAUGGACGAUUUAUCAUGGGAGAAAUGCAACAAUAAGCCUGUGAUGAUCAUUGGUGCUACCAACAGACCUGACUCACUUGAUGCUGCAUUGAGACGUGCAGGUCGUUUUGAUAGAGAAAUCAGUAUGGGUGUACCAGAUGAAAAAGCAAGAGAAAAGAUCCUUAAAGUAUUGGCUUCUAAGCUUCGUUUAGAAGGUGAUUUUGAUUUCUCAGAAUUGGCCAAGGCUACACCAGGUUAUGUGGGUGCAGAUCUUCAGGCAUUGAUCACCACUGCGGGUGUGAUUGCUGUCAAGCGUAUCUUCAAAUACUUGCAAGCUAAUCUGGUCAAACCAAGCGAUGAUAACUCGAUGGAUAUUGAUGAUACCACAGAACCUAUUCAGAUCAGUUCAGUUGAAGAAUUUGAAGCACAAACGCCGCUUGAACAGAUUCGUAAUAUUUCUGAGUUUAUCAAGGCACACAAAGAGCCUUUAACAGAGGCACAACUUGAAUCAUUGGCAAUUACACAACAAGAUUUUAAGCUCUCUUUAAAGAAAGUACAACCCUCUUCUAAACGUGAAGGAUUUGCCACAGUGCCUGAUGUGAGUUGGGAUGAUAUUGGUGCACUUCAGUUUGUACGAGAUGAAUUGCGUAUGGCUGUUGUUGAGCCUAUCAAUCAUCCUGAGUUCUUUGAGCGCGUGGGCAUUACAAACCCUGCUGGUGUCCUGCUAUGGGGUCCCCCUGGUUGUGGUAAGACCUUGUUGGCCAAGGCUGUGGCCAAUGAAAGCAAUACCAAUUUCAUCUCUGUCAAGGGACCCGAAUUACUUAACAAAUAUGUGGGUGAAAGUGAGCGUGGUGUUCGUCAAGUAUUUGCCCGUGCCCGUGCUUCUUCACCCUGUGUCAUCUUUUUUGAUGAAUUGGAUGCCCUUUGUUCUCGUCGUGAAGACCAACAAACAGAUGCUUCUGCGCGUGUAGUCAAUACUUUGUUGACUGAAUUAGAUGGUGUAGAGAACCGUAGUCAAGUAUAUGUAAUUGCUGCUACUAAUCGUCCUGAUAUGAUUGAUCCUGCCAUGUUGCGUCCUGGUCGUCUUGACAAGUUACUCUAUGUUGAAUUACCCACACCAGGUGAACGAUUGGAUAUCCUUAAGAAAUUAAGCAGCAAGACACCUUUGGCUGAAGAUGUGUCUUUAGUAGACGUGGCUAAUGAUCCUCGUUGCGAAGGAUUUUCAGGUGCAGAUUUAGCUUCCCUUGUGAGAGAAAGUGCUGUGGCUGCCCUGAGAUCGAAUUUCUAUGCAUCGGGUGUCAUAGAUACCACUGCUGUCAGUAAUGCAACAGACAUCUUUGUCACCAAAAAGGACUUUGAUACAGCAUUUACAAAAGUGUCGCCUUCUGUUUUGCCUCAGGAUAAACUUCAUUUUGAUAAACUUCGAAAGAAAUAUGGAUAGACUUUGAAAUAAAUAUAGAUCAUUUGCAUGUGUCACUGGAAUAACUGUAUUUCCGAAAUGAAGGAUAAUAACUUGGCUCUUUUAAGCAAUAGGUAACCCACAGAGUGUUAUUUUUCUUUGAUAAAGUUGAUUUAAG